ACCGGUCCCUCACGCGCACGCGUGAGGAGAACCGCGUUCUCGGGAAAGCAGAAACGAAGCCUGCGGUCGCGCGGAGAUUCGAUCGGAACGACGCUGAACUAUUCAAGAUGCUUCGACGAGUCUUAGGCACGGUGGCUGUCGGAGCGGGAGGAGCGUUGACGGCGAUGCUUCUGAAACCGGAUCGCGUCCAUGCCUCACGGGCCAUGACCACCGAGAAGCCUCAGUUUUGGGACCACAACUGGGAUUUCCGAGACCCGUGCUCCUGUGUCACAAAGCUGAAAUCUCCAUCAGAUCCUGCUGAGCAGAACAAACGCAACGAACAGAUCGAAGCUAGCACGCCGACCGCGAUCCGGCAUAUUCUCCUCGUGAGACACGGUCAAUACCUUAGCUCCAAAGCGACGGAUCCCGAGAGGAAACUCACGAGCCUGGGGAGGGAACAAGCAGACCUCACCGGGAGAAGGCUCAAGGCGCUAGGGAUUAAAUUCGAUCGAAUCGUCAAUUCAACAAUGACCCGGGCCACCGAGACCGCGGAUAUCAUUUGCAAUCACAUCUCUGGACCUCGGGAAAAGUGCAACCUAAUCCGGGAAGGCGCGCCUUGUCAACCAGAACCGAAACUGCUUGCGUGGCAGCCGGCUGAAAAGGAUUUCUUCCAGGAGGGUGCGGUAAUCGAAGCAGGCUUCCGUAAAUACUUCCAUCGAGCGGAUCCUGAACAGAAAACUGAUUCGUACGAACUGCUAGUCUGCCAUGCGAAUGUGAUAAGGUAUUUCGUUUGCCGAGCCCUCCAGUUGCCUCCCGAAGCAUGGCUCCGCUUCAGUCUCAACAACGGUUCGAUAACUUGGGUGUCGAUCCACCCCACUGGAAAAGUCCUCGUCAGAUGCAUCGGAGACUCAGGAUACAUGCCGCCUGACAAACUCUCUUCUUAUUGAGAAAUCUGACGGAAUCUAGUUUUAAGAUUCGCCGCGCCCUGAUCGCGAAUUCCGUGGCGUCGAAUCACAUGACGGGAGGGAACAAAGCUCCUCGCCUCACCUCUUGAGAUGCAGUCUUCGUAAUAAAAAACUGAUGAAACUCCGA